AUUGAACAAAUAAGUCCGUUCACCAUCUUGAUUCUGCUGGCAUAUUCGUUUUGGCGCGGGUCGACAUUCGCUGUUUAUACACUCAUUGGGUUGAAAUCUUGCUUCCUUAGCUGAGAAUACCGCCACCAUGUCUACAUUCUACAUUGAAAACAAGAAUGUCGGCAACAAGGCCGAGAGUGAAGACUGGAGGAUUCGCGGCUACAACCCCCUGACACCACCCGACCUGCUGCAGCACGAAAUCCCCCAGACGCCCGAGUCGAAGCGGACCGUCCUUCAGGGCCGCGAGGAGGCCGUCGCCGUUGUCAAUGGGGUCGACGAGAAGCAGAGGCUAUUGGUGGUGAUUGGGCCCUGCUCUAUCCAUGACCCGCAAGCCGCGCUCGAGUAUUGCGACUUGUUGCUAAAGGAGAAGGAGAAGCACAAGGACGAGCUGCUGAUCAUCAUGCGCUCUUACCUCGAGAAGCCGCGCACGACUGUGGGGUGGAAGGGCUUGAUCAACGACCCGGAUAUCGACAACAGCUUCAAGAUCAACAAGGGUCUGCGGUUGAGCAGGCAGAUGUUCGUCGACCUCACCUCCAAGGGCAUGCCCAUCGCCAGCGAGAUGCUGGAUACCAUCAGCCCGCAGUUCUUGGCCGAUCUGCUCAGCGUUGGCGCUGUCGGUGCGAGGACAACCGAGAGCCAGCUGCACCGCGAGCUGGCCAGCGGGUUGAGCUUCCCGGUGGGCUUCAAGAACGGCACCGAUGGGAGUCUCACGGUCGCUGUCGAUGCCAUUGGGGCUGUCAAGCACCCCCAUCACUUCCUGUCCGUCACCAAGCCUGGUGUGGUCGCCAUCGUUGGCACCGUUGGCAACGAGGACUGCUUCGUGAUCCUGCGCGGCGGCACCCGGGGCACAAACUACGACGCCCAGAGCAUUGCAGAGGCCAAGGCUGCUCUGCAAAAAGCCGGGUUGCGCCAGCGGCUCAUGGUCGACUGCAGCCACGGUAACUCUCUGAAGAACCACAAAAACCAGCCCAAAGUCGCCGCCACGUUGGCAGAGCAAAUCGAGAAAGGCGAGGAGGCCAUCAUGGGCGUCAUGAUUGAGAGCAACAUCAACGAGGGCAACCAGAAGGUCCCAAAGGAGGGCAAGGAGGGCCUCAAGUACGGCGUCAGCAUCACCGACGCCUGCAUCGGGUGGGAGGACACGGUCCAGGUCCUCGAUGUCCUCGCCAAUGCUGUGAAGAAACGGAGAGAAGUGCUGAGCCAAAAUGGCAGUGCCUAGCCACACAUGAACGGUGGGGUCCACGUCAAGCUGUACAUAGAUAUCGUCCAAAAAUCGGCGUUAUGGGCAUCUGGGAAUUGGAAAAGGGGUGUUUUGUCCUGCAAGGGUC